AUGGAAGACUUUCAAGACCAGCUCCACGCAGUUACACUAUCAACUCCAGAUACGGAUCCGGCCAUGCCAACAUGGAACUCGGUGCCCACUCAGCCCCCUGUCAUCAACCGUGGCUCUCCCGCCCACUACGAGACACAACUGUGGAGCGACCAACAAACUCAAUCCGAACCCAACCCCCUUUCGCCAUUUUCCAGUUCCUUACACGAAGCUCUAGAGCGCCAGCUCGUCGAACUCAACAAACCCGACCAGCGCGUCCAACCCGCAGCGGCUCGACCCACCGACCCCCCGACACCACCGCCCGACUCCCCCCAAGAAUCCCGCAAGCGAGGAGGAGUAGUCGUCACCACCACCACCACCCAGCCCCAUCACGUGCACCACCACCCUCGCAUCGCCGCCGCCAACCACCUCACCAUCGGCGGUACCUCACCACCGUCGCCGCCGCAUGAGCCGCCGCUACAGCCGCAGCAGCAUACGCCCCCUCUCCAUCACCCUAAACCCAUCUCCUCGGCUCGUGCUCACUUCCUCUUCCUCAUCUCACCCUCGCCCUCACCCUCCCCGCCCUUUCUCUCUCCAACCUCGUCGUCGUCGGCACCUUGCUCCCCGUCGUACCCGCCGUGGCAGGAUGGUGGCGGAGUGGGGGGGAAGAAGCGGGCGAGAGAUGAGGGAGAAGAGGGGAUGGAGCGCGAGUACGAGGGAAAAGGGGGGAGGGGAGAAGAAUGGAGUGGUGGCGGCGCCGGCGCCGGAAGGAGGUGGUGGGGGGAAGGGGGAAGGGGGAACGUGGGUGAGACGACGAUGACGAAGAGGAGGAGGAGGGAAGCGUCCGUGCGGAGGACGGAGAAGAAGAGGGUGAAGCGGGUGGAGGAUCCGCUGGGUCAGAUACCGGGGUUGAUGCCGACGGAUAAUCUGGUGGUGUUGGGGGCUGGGCCGAGGAGGGCGUAUGGGACGUUCGUGUCGCCGUUUGAUCCGGCGUAUCGGUCGCCGUAUUAUUCGGUGCCGCUGCCGCAUGCGCACAACUGGGGCGUGCCCCUGUAUCUGGAGGGUGAGAGAGCUCAGGUGAAGGAAGCCGAGACGACUGGUCUGGAACGAGUCACUAUGAGGGGGUGA